AUGGCAUCAUGUCUGGGCAGUUUUCUCCCUGGCCUUGGUCUGCAUUUUCAGCUUCAGUCUGACAUCCCCUGCGUGAUUCAGAAACAAACCCGUGUCACUGGGGUCUUUACACACUGCUAUUGGUCCUCAAAAGCUGCAAUACCACCAAGCUUUUUCUUGAACAAAGAGACCCACAUUUGGUUUCAGACUGCAGCUCUAUUGCUUUUGGGAGGUUGGGUGCUGCUAACAUUUGGAACAGUUCUUACCUUGUCUUGGAUUUUUAUAUCCCAGGGACUUUGCCAGAGGAGGGUCAUCUGCAAAACAUCUGCAAACAGCUGCAGGCCAGUGCAAUUUACCCUCCCACCAGUGAUUGGCACAAUCUUGGGACUGCUGAUUUUUCCAUGUAGUUUGGAUUCUGCAUUCGCUAAUGAAAUUGGUGGUUCUUCCUCCACGUACAAUGCUGGGAAUGAGUUUGGCUGGGACUACUUGGUGGCUGUCCUGGAUGUCGUACUAUCAUGUUAACUGCCAGUCAUCGGCAAAUACAAUUUAAAUUAGGUCAUGUCCAAGAUCUUUUUCUCUACUGCUAUAGAAAGUAUAAUUCUAGUAAGAGAGGAUGAACAAUAA